ACCAAAAGCUCUCCCCAAACCAACACCAUUCCCAAUGGCGUCUCGCCUUCCUCCCUCCCUUCGCAGACAAGAAAAUAGCUUUCCCCACCGCUCACCUUCUUUCGAGUAGCCUCGCGUCGCGUGCGUCGACUCGCUCUGUCAGCUUUCAACAUUGUAGUCGUGCCCGACCUUGUCCCCUUCGCUCGGUGGUCAUAGUUGAGCUUGAAAGUUCCAGUCGAACUGCCUUUAUUUUAGCUGCUGUUAUGGGUGACACGAUAGGGUUCUCCUCGAGCAUGUUCCCCCCAGGUUCCAGCUAGCUUGUAUCCAGCUGCUCCCAUCUAGUUUCACUCUAGCUCCGGCGACCUUAGAACGAGAACAAGACCAGCGGCCUGGGGAUUGGAGAGCCGUCGUCCUCAUACACGUUCUUCAAGACUCUACGCGCACGACUCGUAUCUCUGCGCAUGCAGUCGAUGCCCUGAACGAAUGAGCGACCAACGGUCUGCAGCGGCAGAGGAGGCCACUAAUCCCGUGACGCGCCCACAACCCGCCGCUGUCGCACCUUCAUCAGCCGCUUCCGCCGCUUCCGCUGUUUCCGCUGCUUCCGCGGCUUCCGCUGCAUCCUCCGCUUCCGCUGCUGCUGCGGGCGCGAUGCCGGGGCCCAUCGCGCUGGCGCAGAGCGGGAUCGACGUGGAGGGGCUGACGGCGGAGCAGGUGCGCCUGCUGGCCAUCGACAUGCGCGACGCCGCGCUCGCGGCGGGCGCAGAGGACGACGCGGAGCAGGCGGACCGCGCGCUGGCGUCGUUCGUCAAGAGUAGCACGCUUGAAGCCGCCAGCCUGCUGGCCAACAGACGGACCACGUCAGGGGUGGGGAUAGUAGGCGGAGGGGGGAGGGCAGGCGGAACGGGUGACGGAGCAGCAGCCGCAGCAGCAGCAGCAGCAGCUGUGGCCGACCCUGCAUUACCCAUUCCAGCAACAAGCCCAUCCGUGAGGCCUGCAGCUGCUGCUGCCGAUGCUGCCGCUGCCUCUGCAGCUGGUGUUCCAUCACCCUCCCCCUCGCCCUCCCCUUCCAAGCCUGCAGCAACCAGGGCACUUGGCAAAUCUGCGUCUGCUCGUGGCAGCAGCAGCGCCAACACAAGUAGCGCCAACAGCGCCGGCAACGCCAGCAGCGGCAGCAGUGCGAGCGGUAGUAGCAGCGCGUGUGGGGGCGGCAGUGGGUCGUUCAGAGAGAGAAUGGGCCUCAGCGGGCUGCAGAUUGCCGUGCCGGCUGACGACGCCCUUGCUGCCGCCGCCGCUGCUGCUGCUGCUGCUGCUGGUGCUACAGCUGGUGCCGGUGCGGACGCAGUGGUCGGCAGAGUGGUAUCGCCUGGUGGCGGCGCUGCUCGAGGUGGGAGCAGUGGCACGGGCACGGCAGCAGUAGGUGUAGGCACAGGCGCAGGCGCAGGCGCAACAGCCUCCUUGCACGGUCUCCCCUGCUACAUUCACUUCGCCAAUCACCGUGUAGCGGCCACCAUAACGCUGUCCGCGGCGUGCAUAGACUUUGGCAUCGCGCCCUUCCAGAUCCGCCGCACCAACUUUGUCGACCUCUGGCGCGUCCCUGAACGCCCCGUGCUCGUCACCACGCCACGCACCCCCAAGACCCGCGCUGCCGCUGCAGCAGGUGGUGGUGGUAGGGGUGCGGGUGAGCGCGGGAGUAAAUCGGCUUCCUCUACUCCCCGCACCCCAAGCAAGAAUGUGUUUUCGAGUAAGGUCACUCCGGGGUCAACGCAGCCAGCAACAGGUGCUGCUUCUGUUGCAGCAGCAGCAGCAGGAGGAGGAGGCGGAGGAGGGGGAGGAGCAGAAGAGAGAGGGGCAUCAUUAGUGGCAGCAACAGCAGCGGGUGUAAAAUGUGAUGAAGGGCCACAUGCUUCUUCGGAUCACAGUCGCAGUGCUGCCGAUGCUGCUUUGGAUGCUGGUGAUGCUGCUGCUGCUGUAGCUGAGGGUGGUGGCGGUGUCAUGGUGCCGUGUGCUCCUGUUGUGGUGCAACCACGCUAUUCCACUGUCAUCUCCCCGGAAGGAUCACCCCGUGCUGCAGCAGCGUCCAAGCACAAGCCACAGCAGCAGCAGGAAGCGCAUUCUAGCGCAGAAGGAAACGAAGCCGCUGAAGUGGACCCUUUGCUGGGUGGGGCUCCCAAACACCCUGCAGAAAAGCAAGGCAUGGAGCAGCAACAACUGCAGCAGCAGCAGCAGCAGCAGCAGCAGGCGCAGGAAGUGAAGCAGUCGAGUGUGCAGCUGAGUGUGGAGGACGUGGCAGCAGUGGAGCUCGGGUUGGAGACAUGGGAGGUGGUGCUCUUGGAGAGGGAAGAGGAGAAGAAACAGAUAGCCGCUGCAGCAGCAGCACUGGCAGAAGCAGCAGCAGCAGCGGGGGGCGGUGGUUCUGUGCGUGAGAAGGAGAAGGCACGGGAGGUGGAGGAGGGCAGCAGGGAUGGCUGCAUGACCCCUACUGAUGCGCGCAAGCAGACCAGAAGCUUUCAGUUUGAGACCUCUAUAGCAGGCUAUGACGCCAUUCGAGCCAUUGUGGAUGGGUGGACACAGGGAGCAGAGGACCCAGCAGCAGCCGCUGCAGCACAGGCAGCCGAACUCAGCGACAUUCGCACUGCUUUCGCGGUAGGUGCUGCCGGUGGUAAGGAUGCUGCGGCUUUCAGUCCCCGCAACGCACUGACAGGUCCCGGGAGGCACAGCAUCAGUUGCGACGGCGACACCUCUUCCCUCUUCUCGGACUACACACACGACUCCGACGAGCGGCUGCGUCUGCUCACCAACCCCUUCCACUCCACCGCCCUCUCGCCAGCCACAGACCGCCCGACUGCUGCUUCCAGUGCGGCUCAAUCAGAAGCAGCAGCUGGCUCUUCUGCCCCAGGUGCUUCCGCUGCCCACGCUGGCAUGGCUCCAAGUAUCGGCUUAGCCCCAGGGGAUGUCUCGGCAGCAGGGCUGGUGUCGGGCGUUUCCUCCUGGUCGUCUGCGCUGCGCAGCGUUGUCCCGCGCAGCCGAACGUCCUUUGAUGCUACCUAUAUGCGCAUGGAGCCCCUAGCGGCUGGGGGGACUGCAGGGGCUGUGGGAGCAGGGAUUGGAGGCGAUGGGGGCGGUAGGCCGCGCUCCGCUGCUUCUGCUGCAGCGGCUGGGUUUGGGCGAAGCAGCAGCGUUACAGGCCCUGCAGAGAAGAAGGCUUAGGGAUGGAGGCACGCUCUCCGCUCCUCCCGUGCUCAUUCUUGCUGGGCGUUUGAAACUAUCUCCCCUUUCCUCCUUGCUGGGCCUUUGAACCCAUCCCCUUUCUCCUUUCCUCUGCAUCAACCCUUCCCCCCUUCACCUCCAUCACUCUCCCUUGCUCUCUCUCUCGCUUCUCGCUCCGUCCCCUCUAACACACUCACACACACGAGCGUACGCACACGCACACACACACACACGCAUACACACUUUCAGUUCUAUGCGUGAUGUCCUGUUUGCUGACUCGGUUGUAGUAUCUUUGAUGCAUGCGAGACAGCACAUCCAUGCUACGCUUGUGGUCCCUACAAACUGGUCAGACAAGUGAACGUGCAAGAAGUGGAUCUGGCUGGGUGGAGUGGAGUGGACGCAUGAGCACUACAACAACACCCCCCUUGAGUGUGAGUCGCCGGUCGGUGGUGUUCGGUGGCGGCAGAUCGGGGGUACUCCUGGGCGUCCUCAACGCUCUGAUCCAAACACUCUGGUGGACGUGACCGGCACCAGGGAGGGGUUGAGAUGGCAGGCAAGAGGGAGGGAGUGCAGUACAGGUACAGUAGGGAAAUACGUUUUGUACGGUUGGCUGUCUUGGCUGUGUUUUGCUUUCCCAAUUUUGAGCGAUGCAUACUGACAAAUACUAAAGAGUCAAAGGCCUUUCCCCUCCCAUAGUUUCCUUGAAUUACUUCCUCAUUUUUCACUGUACUUGUUUCCAGUAAGUUUAGUGAAGUCGCACA